AUGAAAGAUAAUAAAACAAAAUUAAUUAUUUAUUUUUUUAUAGCUAUAAUAAGUGGAUAUAUUUAUUAUUCCAACCAACAAUUGAAUAAACAAAAUAUAGUGAAACAAGUUAUCUAUGAAAAACUUCAUACUAAAAAUUUGAUUAUUAAUGGUGAAGAUAAACCAAUAAUUUUAGCUCACCGUGGUUCAAGAUAUUUAUUACCUGAAAAUACAAUUUUAGCAUUUAAAACUGCUUUAGACAUUGGUGCUGAUGUUAUAGAGACAGAUGUUAGAAAAACAAUUGAUGGUGAACUUGUAAUUUUUCAUGAUAAAUCAGUUGAAAGAACUACAAAUGGUAAAGGUGAUGUUGAAGAAUUAACAUUAAAAGAAUUGAAAUCAUUAGAUGCAGCAUAUAGAUUUUCAGCAGAUAAUGGUACUACCUAUCCAUAUCGUGGAAAAGGAAUUCAAGUACCAACACUUGUUGAAAUGUUUGAAAGUUUACCAAGUGAUACACAAAUUAAUAUUGAGAUCAAAGAGGAUGAUAUGGAAGUGGCUGAAAAGCUAUGGAAAGAGAUUGAGCAUCAAAUGGAGACCACCACAAGAAAGCCUAAAUCCAUUUUAAUCGGCUCGAGAUACUGCCCCCCCACCCAACACAUCCGUUCCCUAGCAAAACUUUACCAAACUCGUAAUAACAUCGCUCAAUUACCAAUCAGCACAUCAGCAUGCGAGAAGGAUGUAACCAAAUUCGUGGUUUUGAAUCAACUUUUUUUAGCACCCAUUUACUUCUCAAUGUACCCUAUCACCGGUUACGAAUGCUUUCAAGUGCCAGUCGCGUCGGGCCCCAUACAUUUAGACACUUUGAAAUUCAUCGAUGCGGCUCACCAUUUUGGUAAACACGUUCAUUUUUGGGUUGUAAACUUUAAGGAUGAGAUCGAUCAUCUCUUAACUCUCCCCAUUGAUGGUAUCAUUUCAGAUAGACCAGAUCGUGUCGUUGAACAAUUUAAAUCACAUAAUAUCAAAUCAAAACAAUUUCAAAUUCCAAAACCAUUACCAUCAAAUACAACUGGUACUUACUAUUUACCACUUUACGAUAUAGAUGAAAAUCAUACUUGUGUCACUAUUACUUGUAUUCUCUUACAACGUAGUCAUCAAAUUGUAAUCUCUUUAAUUUUCUCUUUUUUACUUUUAAAAUUAAUAAAUUUUAAAAAUAAUAAUAAUAAUAAUAGACAAGUUAAAAAUCAAAAUUUACAAAAAAAAGUUAAAUAA